GGCAUUGGCGGCAUGGCCGCAGCCCUAACUCUGGGUCUACGAGGACACCAGGUCACGAUCCUGGAGUCCGCGCCUAAGCUUAUGGAAGUUGGAGCGGGCAUCCAAGUCUCUCCUAACAUGCUCCGAUUGUUUGAUCGCUGGGGUGUCUCUCCCUCCAUUCACGCCAAAGAUGUUGCCCUCGAGCACAUCCACGUUCGUCGGUGGCAGGACGGCUCGUUACUAGGCACUAUGCCCGUUAACAAGACUUACGGUCAACAGGUGGUCAUCCACCGCGCGGACCUCCACAACGCACUCAUUGACCAAGCGCUGGCGCUGUCAAAUGUGGAACUGCGCGUCAACUCCACGGUCACCGAUGUUCAAUUCGACCAGGCAGCGGUGACGCUCGCAGACGGCACCGUCGUCAAGGGCGACGUUGUCAUUGCGGCGGACGGCAUCAAAUCCGGCAUCCGGGGUCAGCUCCUCAACGACUACUCCUGCAAGGCCAUCCCCACGGGCGAUGCCGCCUACCGGAUCAUGCUUCCUCGCAGCGCGCUCGAAAGUGAUCCCGAGUUGAAGGCCCUGAUGGACGAGCCCCAAGCCACGCGUUGGCUCGGCCCCAAUCGCCACAUCAUCGCGUACCCCGUGCGCAACCACGAGCUCUACAAUGUCGUGCUGCUGCACCCCGACAGCCACGGCGUCGAAGAGUCCUGGACCACCAAGGGCUCCAAGCAGGCCAUGAUCGACAACUACCGGGGCUGGGACAGUCGCGUGACGAAGCUCAUCGACCUGGUGCCCGACGACGAGGUUCUCGAGUGGAAGCUCUGCUUGCACGCGCCCUUGAAGACCUGGAUCCGGGGCAACGUCGCUUUGAUUGGUGAUGCCUGCCAUCCGAUGCUACCCUACGUUGCCCAAGGCGCCGCGCAAGCCGUCGAAGACGCCGCCGCGCUCGGCAUCCUCCUCUCCACCAUCCCCUCGCGCGCCGCCAUCCCCGCCGCCCUGCGCGCCUACGAGCAAUCGCGCAAAUCCCGCGCCGAGACCGUGCAGCAGUCCGGCUCCGAGAACCGCAUCACCCUGCACUUCCCCGACGGGCCCGACCAGAUCGCCCGCGACGAACAGUUCCGGACCGCGCUGACCAGCGGCUCCAACCCCGAUCGCUGGUCCGAUCGCGAAACCCAGAGACGUCUCUGGGGGUGGGAUGCCGAGAAAGCCGCCCUGGACGUGUGGAAUGAAAUGCAUGGCGACGCCGUCUCGGAAGUCCGUCACCAUCUCUAAGCCUUUUCCUUCACACAAACUCUAAACCUUAACGUUUCAUCGAUUUCCCCCUCAUCUCCUGUCUCAGGAUUUGACGUGAAAGCUUUUUUUCAACCACGGAUGAUACCUAAUGUCUUCAACGGCCUUACUCUUGAUGAUUCAACCUCGUUUUUCUCCCCCUCUUUUUGUCAUCGACGAUUACGCCCCUAUUUGGAUUUUUUCUUUAUUUCAGCGGGUUUUCAUGUGGAUUCUCAGCGACUUCAACUCAACUUGAUUUGUCGUAUACCCCCCUUUGGUUCUUCUUGUUUGAUUUAUGUGGGUUUUGUGGGCUUGAAGGAAGUGUUGGGCUCGGCUCUGGGGGUGGAUGUUUUGUACAUAGACUUCUUGCGUGGCUUAUAGAUUUGCUGUGUUUAGUGGCUGGCUUAAAUUAUUC